UUCGACUACCGCGCAAAGCGGACGUGUCGUCGUCGUCACCGCGCUUAGUAUUUACUGUUCGGUUGUGAUAAUUUAAUUGUAUGUCUCUAGUCGUUUACUUUUGGAAUUAACGCCAAAUUUUGAUGCGCGCGCGGCCAAGAAAUGGAUCCUAAUUACAAGCGACAGUCGGUUCACCGGAGCAUAUCGUUGCUGCUCAAAGAUAUCGAUGAAAUGUCCCUCAAGGAGGUCGGCGCGUCGAACCCGGCGCUGAACGACUGCGAGGACAACGGCACCGCCAGCACGGUCCGCAUGGACGACAUCGACCAGACGGUGGACACCAGCUUGGCGUGCUACUCGCUAGCGGACGAGUACGAUGACAUCCUGGGGUUUUCCGACUCGAUCACCAUCGUUUCGAUGGGCGGCGAGGGACCGGUGCUGGUUCAGCGCCAGGACGACGGAGACCAGGAGAGCAUCGUGCCCGAGUCGGAGAUUCCGUACGCGUACGUGCACAACCCACCGAUAAAGUUUAACUCGAUGCACAGGAACAUCUUCAUUCCGGGGUUGGAGAUUAACGUGGAGAUUGUGGACUACGAGCGCAGCCUGACGGCGCACAUCUUGAACCCGAAUUUAUACACGAUCAAGUUCACCCACGGUCCGUUCAGUUGGACCAUCAAGAAGCGGUACAAUCACUUUCGUAACCUGCACCAACAGUUGACGACGUUCCGGGCGUCACUGAACAUCCCGUUUCCCACCAAAAGCCACAAAGAGCGACGGACCAGCUUCAGGAACAUGCACAACGUGCACCAGUGCACGGCUUCGCCGACGAUGCAGAUGAAGCUGGAGAAGCCGCAUAAGAAGCGCAAGAAGAGCUCAUUGCCGAGGUUUCCGCUCAAGCCGGACUCGCUGGUGUCCUUUGACGCGAUUCCGGAGCGGAAGAAGCAGCUCGAGGAGUACCUGUACAACCUGCUCAACAUUUCGCUGUACCGCAAUCAGCAGGACACGAUCAACUUCCUGGAAGUGUCGCACAUCUCGUUCAUCGCCGCCCUCGGUCAAAAAGGCAAGGAGUGCCUCGUCAAAAAGCGCACCGGUUCAACCCGUGCCGGUCAGGCCGGCUUCAACUGCUGUGGCUGCCUCACAGCAGGUUGUUGCAUCCGCUGCAGCUACUUCUGCUCGGACGUCGUGUGGAGCAAGUGGCGCAACCGGUGGUUCUUCGUCAAGGAGACCUGCUUCGGGUACUUCCGACCGAAAGAUGGCGUACUCCGUUGCGUCGUCCUGUUCGACCAGGGCUUCGACAUCUCGUCCGGAAUGUACAGCACUGGGAUGCGCAACGGACUGCAGCUGGUCACGAACUCGCGGUACCUCGUGGUGAAGCAUCCAACGCGACGAACCGCCAAAGAGUGGAUGGCGUACAUGAAGAAGGUCGCGAACGAUACGGCGCGGGACUUUACGAUGCCAAAUCCGCACCAGUCGUUUGCACCGAGCAGGCCCGGAAUGCAAGCGGGGUGGUUUGUGGACGGGGCGAGUUACAUGAGUGCGGUGGCGGAUGCGCUGGAGGGAGCGACCGAGGAGAUUUUCAUCACGGACUGGAUGCUGAGUCCGGAGAUUCACAUGAAAAGGCCGGCAAUCGAUGGGGAUUAUUGGCGGUUGGAUAAGAUUUUGAAGCGGAAGGCGGAACAAGGGAUCAAGAUUUUCGUGCUGUUGUUCAAAGAACUCGAUUUCGCGCUCGGCAUCAACAGUUAUUACAGCAAGCAGAAGCUAGUGGAGCAGCAUAAAAAUAUUAUGGUCCUCCGCCACCCGGACCACGCCCGAGCCGGCGUCUUCUUCUGGGCCCAUCACGAGAAGCUGGUCGUCGUGGACCAGACGUACGCGUUCGUCGGCGGAAUCGACCUGUGUUACGGCCGGUGGGACGACUACAAGCACCGGUUGACCGAUUUGGGCAGUAUUACGAGCAGCAGCACGUGCAGUUCGGCGAACAACACGACCGUGCGGAAACCCUCGACGGUGGUGGAGCUGGACGAGGGCGGCACGGUGGCCAGUUUGAUGCGAUCGACGAAGAACAUUGCGGUGGUGACGGCGGUGGAUACGGUCGAUAAGGGACUGCCGGUGCUGGAGCCUGGUGAUAAGCUGUUGAUGGCCGCGGCGCAAAAGUUGGCGACGGUUCCGCAGAAGAGUGAGAGUGAGGGUAUUCCGGAGAACAUCAAGAUGGAUACGCCGGAGAUGGAGCGGCGGAAUAUUAUGGAGAAGCUUAAGGAGAUGGGUCGAGAUCUGAAGAACAAAAUCACGUUGGGAGAGCACGAUGGGGAUCUUGGUGGGAAGAGCAGCGCGAGUAGUCCGGGGUAUUUGUCGGACGAUGAGAAGCACAAGAAGGAGGAAGAACCAGUGAAGGAGGCUCUUCCGACUGGGGUGAUGAGUCCGGCUCCGUUUAAGAGCAAAGUUGUUUUUGAGCUGGAUGGACAGGCCAAGUUCUGGAUUGGCAAGGAUUACAUCAACUUCAUAGUGAAGGAUUUCUCAAAUUUGGACAUGCCGUACGUGGACCUCGUUGAUCGAUCGACCACAAUCCGGAUGCCGUGGCAUGACGUGGCCACCGUGGUGCUCGGGCAGGCGGCCCGUGACGUGGCGCGACACUUUAUUGAGCGCUGGAACGCCACCAAGUUGGAAAAGUGUCGGGAGAACGUCCAGUAUCCGUACCUGUUGCCGAAGAGUUACAACGACGUGCGGAUAGAUCGGGGCUUUCUGGACGUGUCGAUGCAGCACGUGACGUGCCAGGUUCUGCGCAGUGCCUCCAGCUGGAACUGCGGCUUCAUCGAGCAGGACUACGUCGAACAGAGUAUUCACGAAGCAUACGUACAAACCAUUUCGAAGGCGCAGCACUACAUCUACAUCGAGAACCAGUUCUUCAUCAGUUUGGAGAUGGGCAAUCCGACGGUUAAGAAUCAAAUUGCGGAGUACCUGUUCAAGCGGAUAUUGCGAGCACAUCGGGAGAAGAAGCCGUUCCGGGUGUACGUGGUGAUGCCGCUGCUGCCGGCGUUUGAGGGGGAGGUCGGAGGAGCCACCGGAAUUUCGUUGCGGGCGAUUACGCACUGGAAUUACGCGUCGAUAAACAGAGGCAAAAACUCCCUUCUCUCGCGGCUCAGUGCCGCCGGCAUCAAGAACCCGAUGGAGUACAUCUCGUUCCACAGCUUGCGGACGCACUCCACACUAAACGGUGUCCCCGUGACGGAGCUGAUCUACGUCCACUCGAAGCUGCUGAUCGCCGACGACAAGGUGGUGAUCUGCGGGUCGGCCAACAUCAACGACCGCUCGCUGCUGGGCAAACGAGACUCGGAAGUUUGCGUCAUGAUCACGGACGAAGCCUUCGAAGAAGGCCGCAUGAACGGGGAGUCCUACCCAUGUGGAAUCUACGCCGGCAAGCUGCGCAAGUACCUCUUCAAGGAGCAUCUUGGUCUCCUCGACCCCGCCUCCAACCGAGCCCCGGUAGACGUGACCGACCCGGUGAUCGACUCGUUCUGGAACGGCGUCUGGAGGUGGACAUCUCGCAAGAACACCCGACUCUUUGACGAGAUCUUCCGCUGCAUUCCGUCGGACAACGUGCACUCGUUUGUGAUGUUGAAAAAGUUUCUCGAGGAGAAGAGCCUGGCGCAGUCGGAUCCGGAGGGAACGCAGAAGGCACUGCAGCGCAUCGAGGGCAAUCUGGUGGAUUUGCCGCUCAAGUUUUUGUGCAACGAGGUGUUGACACCGCCGGGGGCGAGCAAGGAGGGCAUUAUGCCGACGUACAUGUGGACGUGAAACGUUCGAAUUGUUUUUGUUUGUUUGUGUUAAGUGUUAAGCACAAUGAGUUCUAUUCGAAGCUGUUGACAAAGAUGCCGGUAUUUAUUACGAGUUUAUUUUGAUACCUAUGCCCUUUUUUAUUUCUUGCAAAUUGUAAGAAAGUAUUUUUUUUCUACGAUCAGUGAUUAAAUGAUAGAUAUCAUUCCCACGAACUUCCAUGAACAAACUGUGUACAUUCAUACAGCUUUUAAAAUACGGACCGUACUCUAUUCUUAAGUGAACAAUAAAAUUGUACUUUUUACAA